AUGGACAACUUGACUGAAGAUUUCAUCGGGAACACCAGUAGGGCAGGGAACCAGACCGAUGACGGGCUCGGCGCCGUGGCGUAUGUCAUGCCGUCCGUCUGCGGAGUCAUCCUGCUGAUCGGCGGCGUCGGCAACUCGCUGGUGAUCUACAUCGUGGCCCGCUUCAGCGAGAUGAGAACCGUCACCAACUAUUACAUCGUCAACCUGGCCGUCACGGACCUGGCCUUCCUGGUGUGCUGUAUCCCCUUCACUUCCAUCAACUACCUGACGUAUCGGUGGAUCUUCGGCUCAACCAUGUGCACCAUCGUCUUCUAUAUGAUACAGGUGACUGUUCAGUCGACGUGCAUCACCCUUGCGGUACUGAGUAUUGACCGGUACUGUGCCAUCGUUCACCCGCUGCGCUCCAUCAACUUCCGCACCCGCAAGGUGGCUGCCAUCACCAGUGGCUGCACAUGGAUAGGUUCCUUCCUCCUUGCCCUGCCCCUUGGCAUGAGCCUUCAGGUCCAGGAGGUGGAGAAUUACAACUUCGGCCGACAGGAGAUGUGCCUGGAGAACUGGCCCACCCAGUCUGCACGGAGAAGCUACAUGGUGUACACCUUCCUCAUCACCUAUGUCAUCCCGCUGGUCUUCUGCACCAUCAGCUGUUCCUUCAUCGUCCAGAGCAUCCUCAACCGGUUCAGCGCCAGCCACGCUCAGAAGGCGGACGCCCACGCCAGGCAGGCCCGCAGAACCUCCUGCAUGGUGGUGGGUGUGGUGGUCCUCUUCGCCUUCUGCUGGCUUCCCAACCACAUCAUGAACGUGUGGGCUGUCUUUCAUACAGAUUCCCACAUGAAGCACAUUUCAGAAACAACCAAGUGGCUCAAAACCGUUGCCCUGAUUCUCUGUUAUUCCAACUCUGCGGUCAACCCUUUUGUGUACACCCUGUUAGGGGAAAACUACCGACGAUGCAUUAAGCUAUCCUUCCCGUGCCUGUUCAAACAGCCGCCCCCAAAUCAUGCUAUAUCUUUCAAAAGAUCUGCUUGUACUGGAGCUACCAUUGGCAAGUCACAGGCCAGGCGGUUGCACGGAAACUCGUCGACCGCACGGCCUAUUGUUGUCACCUUCAAUGCCAAAGAUACAUCUACCAAAGUAACCAUGAGCUACUGUGAUUCAGAAGAACAGGCGUAAUUUCACUAUUUCAAACCACACACACCUAUUUGAUAAUGAAACUAUAUAUCAAAGCAUGUUACAAAAUGAUAACCGAUAUCAAUAAUCAUUUACUUCCUUUAUCAUGAAGAAACACCUUUUAUUGGCAGACUGGCAGAAUUAGGAUAACUGUUUCAUAUGAACGAAUAAUGAAUAUAAAUAUGAACACAUACAAAUAUAAAUGCAUGUGUCUUCACUGACAAAUGAAUUUGCCUUUCUAUCGCACCGAUGGAAGCAAUUAUGUUCCAGAAAGAAUUUUCUCAAAAGACAAAAAGAGACUAUAAAGAUAAAUAAUGUAUU